AUGUCUGACAAGCACGCCUUAUUCGACACAGUGUUCCCCAAAACCGUGAAAGCGGUUCGUGCGGCAUCGGCUCUAGCUGCUCAAGACAUUAACUUCUAUACCUCUUUAGAUAAAGGUAUCUCAAGCGACGUUAAGGAUGCUUCCAGUUCGUUACUCGCGUUAGCAAACAAAUUACUUUCGAAGACUACGAAAGACUUCGAAUUCAUAGAAUACGGAGAAGAAAAUAUCGUGAGCAAAUUGAAUUGGAAAAGAGUGUCAGAUGUGUUGGAUACAUGCUUCGAGAAAGCAGACUUAGCAUUGGACGAAGUGAAGAACCCGCAAAGGGCACUGACAUCGCACAUGAUAUAUUUGAAAGAUUCGUCAGAUGAGAAAAAAGCUACUGAAGUGAAAGUUAAGCCUCAAGAAAACUUCAGAAGUACAGUUGAUAAUAGCGACUCCCUGCCCUUCAAACCUCGAUUGGAGAACAAACCUUACGCGCUCAAGUCUCUCGAAGAAUCCCUAAAGUUGCGAUUUCCAGAUCCCACAGAUGAUGGGAAAGUUUCUGCUCCACAUUAUGCCCACCCAUACGAGUUUGAGAUUAUGAACCAGCCUUAUCCAGAACUGUGUUUGCAGGUUAACAAACCAGUACCAUCUACGGAUUGGGCAACGACUGCCGCCAAGUGGGUUGAUACUGUUGAUGCUCUCCAAGAGAUGAUAGAGGCAUUACGGUCGCUGACAGAGAUAGCUAUUGAUCUUGAACAUCACGAUUACCGUUCGUAUUAUGGUAUUACAUGUUUGAUGCAAAUAUCUAACAGGGAACAAGACUGGAUUGUUGAUACUUUAGCCCUACAUGAUGACUUACGUGAUUUAAAUGAAAUAUUUGCCAAUCCAGCCAUUUUAAAAGUUCUUCACGGUGCCAAUAUGGAUAUCAUUUGGUUACAGAGGGAUUUAGGACUUUACAUUGUCUCCUUGUUUGACACGUACCAUGCAUCGAAGAAAUUGGGAUUCCCUAAGUUCUCUUUAGCAUAUUUAUUGGAGAACUUUGCACAUUUUAAAACCUCCAAAAAAUAUCAACUAGCAGACUGGAGGAUCCGCCCUCUUACAGACGCUAUGAUGCAGUACGCUAGAGCAGAUACACAUUUCCUUUUGAAUAUUUACGACCAACUUCGUAACAAACUUUUGAACGCAGGACAAGGAAAGGUCCAAGAAGUCUUAUAUGAGUCUAGAAAAGUGGCAUCCAGGAGAUUUGAGUUCAACUCAUUCAAGCAAGACCAGACGGAUAACUGGAUGCACCUGUAUGGUGGAAUGGGACAAGAGAGAUGGGUAAUGAAUCAAUACAACAUUGAACCGGAAAGAAUUGAAAUUGUGCAAGCACUCAUAAAUUGGAGGGAUAAAGUUGCCAGAGAAAAGGAUGAAUCGACGAGAUAUAUCAUGCUGAAUCAGGUUCUAGCAAACUUAAGCUCUUUAGUUGCCCCAGUAGAUGCAUCGAAGGUUCAUAAUGCUGCGGGAAGUCAAUACCUGAUUGUGCGUCAGAAUUCUAAAGAGUUGGCCGAAUUGAUUGAGAAGUACUUAGCCACUGUUGGUCACUCUGCGAACAAUGAAAAUGUGACCUCUUUUGAUUUGACUGAGGUAAACUAUGACAAGGCCUCCGAAAUAUCCAAACACUUUACGGAUCUCACAAAAAGUGUACCAACAGCAACGAAUCUAUCCCUCAGUGACAAAGACUCCCGUUUGCUCUCAAAAUUUGCGGGAAAGAGUUUUUCUCUUAGUGCUGAAAGCUUCGAACCAUCAACAAACGAGCGUAUACGUAUUUCACAAGAGGAACUUAUGAAGAGGGCCACACUUUUGCUGGAAAGCCUUGCUGAAAAUUUGACUUCCUUUGAGAUAGAAAACGAAAAGUCAAAAAUCGAUAACAUGGAAGAAGCAGAGGAGAAAAUCGAUAAGUCUGCCACAGAAAGUCCACAACGGCAGUCUUCGGAAGAAGAUAAAGACGCAAUUGUCGUGCUUUCAGGAAAGAAGUCCAAGAAAUCUUUUAACAAAAAACAAUCUACUGCCGAUGAAGAAUUAUUCGACUAUUCUACUGUUGAAGAGAAGGUGUUAGCAAAUGUGAAGAAUGGCAAUACCAAGAAAAGAUCAUUUGAUCCUUUCAGUAGACAGGGCACGGGUCCAAAAGCAGCGAAGAGAAGCAGAAAUGUCCCCACAGGUAAGUCUACAUCUUUUGUGAAGAAGAGGAACUAA